AUGGAUGCCAAGCAGAACAGUUUGCUCUCCCAGCUGGGCCUGCUGGCGGUGAAUGUGAUCGCGACCACGCGGUCCACUUUGGCGGCACUUGAACUGGUCUCGCUCUCACACUUCCACGGUGAAUGCUCUAAACAUGCUCUAAAUUGCUUGACAGAUCGGAGACCGGUAUUGAGACCCGUUGACGAUGGCGCAACGACCGGAUCGGUAGGCAAUCCGUCCGUUCCGGGUCAGAUGAGAGAGGGCCGACCGAUAAUCUGGCCGAAGUCGAAACCUGUGCCAAUGUGUUUAGGCUCGUCGAGAGUUACACCGUUGAGAACGCGCGAUCCACCGUCUCGUCAUCAGUUCUCAGCAGAUGAUGGUACCUUACCUCCUACCUACGACGAGCUCAAACGGUGGAUAGCAGGUUCCUCCCUUAGCAGUCCUGCAUCCUUCACCAGUGGUCCAGUGGACACUACUGGGCACUGGGCACUGGGCACUGUGCACAUAGACGUACGUCAAGCUCGAGCCGUGCAUGCCACGACCCAUGCAGACCAUCUGGCAUCUGCUGCUCUGCUGACGCUGGCGCCCGCCGCCCGUCGUGUCGUGUGGCCCGUUGUCUGGCGUGAGAAGACGCGCGAUAGGUGUGGCUCUGGAGCAGUGGAGCAUCGCCCGAUCGGCUGCAUUGGCCUCUCCGUGUCUGCACGUGUGUCUGCUGCUGCUGCGCACAACCGACAAAGGACAGGGCACGGUGACGCUCGCAAAAAGGCAACGAGGCAUCGCACCAGCAGAAGUAAACAGAACAAGCGGGAUACCAGCCCGCACGGUAACGGUCUCAUGAAAUCAUGGAACGUGAGCAACUGGGACAGAAUGCGAUAUCGAUGCGAUAAGAUGUGA